AUGUUUAAAACCAAUAAGCCUAAUCUGUGUCAAUCUCAGAGUCACAAACGCAUGAACAAAAACCCAAGCACUACAAAGUAAUCACGCAAUUCGCCACCUUCUUCUAACAAAAACUCAUCACUCUGUUGUUUUCAAUCUACUCUUUCUCUGUUUUCAACUUCUCCUCUCUAAUUCGAAAAAAAAUAAUCCCAAAAUCAUGAUUUCUUCAAUCGCUUCAACGUCCACAAAAAUGGCGUCAACCGCUUCCGUCAAUCAAUUCCCCCGCAUAUUCCAGCAGAGCUCCAAAUUAAUCCCCAACGCCUCCUCUUCUCCGUUCAAUCGGAUCAAUUUCCCGUCUCUCUCAGCAAAGCCGGCGGCGAAUUUCUCCAUGAGAGCGGUGGUGAGCGACGACGAGUGGGGGCCCGAUCCAGAAGCGCCGGCGGUGGCGGUUUUGGAGAAGAAGGCGCCGGAAAUCGACGCGCUGAAGAAGCAAUUGAUUGCCAGUUUCUACGGAACGCAAAGGGGGCUGAGCGCCUCCGCCGAGACGCGUGGGGAGAUCGUGGAGCUCAUAUCGCAGCUCGAGGCUAAGAACCCUACCCCUGCCCCCACCGAGGCUCUCACGCUGCUCAACGGGAAAUGGAUACUCGUCUAUACAUCGUUUUCGGGUUUGUUUCCCCUGCUGUCGAGGGGUGCUGCUCUGUCUCCGGUGAAAGUUGAAGAGAUAUCGCAGACAAUCGACUCCGUUUCAUUCACCGUGCAGAACUCCGUCGUGUUUGCUGGACCGUUGGCCACAACUUCCAUCACCACCAACGCUAAAUUCGAACUCCGGAGCCCCAAACGCGUGCAGAUUAAGUUCGAAGAGGGGGUGAUCGGCACACCACAGCUGACGGACUCUAUCGAACUGCCAGAAAAUGUGGAGUUUCUGGGGCAGAAGAUUGACCUCUCGCCGUUCAAAGGCCUGCUCACCUCCGUGCAGGACACGGCCUCAUCCUUGGCCAAGACUAUCUCCAGCCAACCGCCAUUGAAGUUCUCCAUCCCUGAUCGCAACUCUGAGUCGUGGCUGCUGACUACAUACCUCGACGAUGACCUCCGGAUUUCGAGAGGAGAUGGAGGCAGCAUAUUUGUGCUCGUCAAGGAAGGCAGUCCCCUUUUGAAUUGACUCUUUAGACACCACUCUCUCUUUUCUCUUGGGCUUGUGAAAUAAAUAUGAGCGAUCAAUAAUAACUUAGAUCAGAUACUAUCUAUGUAGUUGGAGUUAUCAAUGUUCAAUACAAUAUUAUGACAAUACAACGGAAUGGUGAUUGGUUUUA